AUGCGGUCCAUCUACGCCCUUUUCUUCGCUGCCAUCGCUGCCAACGCCGCCCUCAACGAUCCAUGUAAAGCAGCGUGUACAUCGGGGGUGUGCAUCUCCACGUCUUCCUGCUCGUCUUCGGGAGGAACGUCUCAUACCGGCUUCUGCCCGAACGACCCUGCUAACAUCAAAUGCUGCACGAAGCCUCUGUGCGGUAGUGCCAGUUCGAGAACACUUGUUCCAGUGGGAACACUGUCUCGGGUGGGCCUUUGUCCGGGACCUCCAACAUUCAAGUGCUGCCUCCCCGGAAAGCCCAAGUCGUCCUCAAAGUCCUGCGGCCCAACCGCCGUGAACGUCGCCACCGUCUCCCUAAUCAAAGGCUUCGAGUCCUUCGUCCCCAAGCCUUAUCUCGACCCUGUCGGUCUCGAGACCGUGGGUUACGGGCACCUCUGCAAGCGCCCAGGGUGCAAGGAGGUUCCAUUCUCCUUCCCCAUGACCGAGGCGCAAGCGACCACCCUCCUUCAGUCUGACAUCGCACCGGCUGCGGCCUGUAUCUCAGCGGAUAUCGUGGACACCGUGAAUCUUAAUGAAAAUCAGUACGGUGCGCUUGUGUCAUGGGCUUUCAAUAUCGGGUGUGGGAACAGCAGAGGGUCGACUUUGAUUAACAGGUUAAACAAGGGAGAAGACCCAAACGCUGUCGCUACUGACGAGCUCCCGAAGUGGCGCAAGGCAGGUGGGAAGGUUCUUCCAGGACUUGUGACGAGGCGGAAUUCCGAGGUUUCAUUCUUCAAGAGGCCUUCCUCGGUUCUUUCUCACCCUCCUAGCUGCUAA